GCCGGCGGCGCUCCAUGCUCCUGCGGCCCGCGCUCUUCCGCUUCCGGCGGAAGUGGCGAUGGCGGCCGCCUGGCUGCUGCUGGCGACUCUGGGUGCGGUGCUGGGUCAUUUCGCCGCGGCGGGGAAGAUGAAGAUCGUGGAGGAGCCGAACACGUUUGGGUUGAAUAACCCGUUCUUGCCUCAGACGAACAGGCUGCAGCCGAAGAUGUCUCCGUCUGCGAUAUCAGGCCCUGCACACCUCUUCAGGCUUGCUGGCAAGUGUUUCAGUUUUGUGGAAUCCACGUACAAGUAUGAGUUUUGUCCUUUCCAUAACGUCACCCAGCACGAGCAGACUUUUCGAUGGAAUGCCUAUAGUGGGAUUUUAGGAAUCUGGCAUGAAUGGGAAAUUGAAAACAACACAUUUCUUGGAAUGUGGAUGAGGGAAGGAGACUCGUGUGAAACUAAGAGCAGACAGACAAAGGUUCAUCUUGUUUGUGGAAAAAGCAAUAAAUUGGCUUAUGUGUCUGAGCCGAGUACUUGUGUUUAUUCUCUGACAUUUGAGACUCCUCUCGUGUGCCAUCCCCACUCUCUUUUAGUUUAUCCGACUCUAACUGAAACCCUACAAAGAAAAUGGGAUGAAGCAGAGCAGCUUCUGUAUGAUGAAUUAAUAACUGUGCAGGGAUACAGAAAAAUACUGAAAGAGAUUUUUCAGGAAGCGGGAUUUCUGAAAGCAACAGAAGAAAAGGAAGUUGAGAAACUGAAUAACAAAAUCAGUCUGGAAUUUGAAACAGCAGAGAAGUGCAAUAAGGAAUACCAGCAACUUUCUGAAGAACUGAAAAGACUUCAAGAUUUAUUAAGUCAGCAUGGUAUUGCAUAUAAAGGAGAUUCUGCUGAAAAUACAGGUGUUGAACAUGUAAGUCAAAAACUGGCAACUGCAGUGACAGCUUUUCCUAAUGGGUCAAAGGAUGAUGAGCACCUGCACGGUGAUAGAGGAGUCUGAAUGGCACUGCAUGAAUAAACUUGGGUGGUAAACAGCAAAUUCAUUUGGAACGUGAAGCAAGUUGAACACCGAUGAUGGCACCAUGUCCUGAAUUCCUGUUCUACAGCAAAGGGACCUUAAUGGAUUGAGGACUGUGCUACCGAGAAGAUUUUGCUGUGUUCUGAGAACAUUUGUAAAAUGUCUUUGCCAAGGCUGGAUGGGAUAAAUCCUGUGUCUCCAGCUUUAAUUUUCUGUAAUCAAGCAUGGUACUUUGUGGUGCAAAUAAAAAAUACUUCAAGACCAA